AUGGAGAGGCCCAACGCGGCAACGCAUACAUUACUCCAUGGUCUUCAAUGGCAAACGGAACCCGUUGCUGCCAAUUACACCAAUCGGCCGACUGUGCUUAAUGAAACUCGAACUCCAGUCGUUCCACCAAAACCUAAGGUACCGGAUGUACCUCUUACGUACAUACGUGUCAGUCUUACACAGCAGGCGAUGAUCUUGCCAUUACGUUAA